GUGUGCUGGGCUAGGCUGGACAGGAGCGGCAGCCGGGCAGCGCACUGCCAAGCCGCUUGCCAGGCCAGGAUGAUGAACCUGACCACGGCCCCCCGCACUCUGCGGCCCACCGGGGCUGCGUGCCCUGUGGGUUCGCCGGUGCCUAGUUCUGUCGUGGAGCUGAAUGUUGGGGGUGAGUUGUACACCACCACUGUGGGCACCCUGAGAAAAUUCCCUGGCUCAAAGUUGGCAGAGAUGUUUUCCAGCUCAGCUAAGUCCUGCAGGGAUGCGGAGGGCCGCUUCUUCAUUGAUCGCCCUGGCACCUAUUUCGGAUCCAUCCUGGACUACCUAAGAAGCGGGGAGCUGCCCACGCAGCACAUCCCAGAGGUGUACCGCGAGGCUCAGUUCUACGAAAUCAAGCCUUUGGUUAAGCUCCUUGAGGACACACCGAAGAUCUUCAGUGAACAGGUGGCUCGGAAGCAGUUCUUGCUGCGGGUGCCAGGCUACAACGAGAACCUGGAGCUCAUGGUGCGCCUGGCACGCGCUGAGGCGGUGGCUGCACGCAAAUCCGCAGUGCUGGUGUGCGUGGUGCGCACGGAGGAGGAUGUGGCACAGUGCGCGGACACCCUGCGCAUGCUGGAGGCUGAAAAGAAGUCAGUCAUCAGAUUCGGGCCUUGGAAGGCAGCCCCCGACAUCAGGGACCUCUUGGACUGUAUGGUGAUGGACAUUAAAGCGCAGGGGUACCAGGUAGUCUAUGAACACUACUCUGAGAAGGCAUUCUGGACCAAGGGCUUCAAUUGCUUCUAUACAUUCGUCUUCAUCUGGUGGUGACCCCCAGGGGGUGGGGCUAUUUGUUAUGGGCUCUGGUGGGACUUUCAAAAUUAAAAGUUGUCUUACAAACCUUCUUUAAAUUUCAAAAGCAUACGAAUAUCACACAACUUACAAGAUGGUACAAGAGGCUUGCCCCCACAUAUUAUAUCCUCUUUGAGGACUUUACACUCAUCGCAACUGACUCCACUGUACUUGUCUGGUGAAAUGCAACUACUCCCUCUUUAAAGCCUCAUGUACCUGCCAGAACUUUCCCUUGACUUACAAUAGCAAGGCUGAGAUGAAUUGGAAUGCUUCAACAAUGCUUGGCUGGAGAUGCAGAAUGACAACAAGAAAAUAACAGGACACCAUGAAUCUAGGUCAUCUAACCUAAAAUAUAGUCUAUCUAGCCUCAGCUUGUCCAGUCCUCUAGCCCUGGUAUGUGCCUUUGUAAUGAAGAUGCCAAAUAGCACCUGUAGAUUUCCUUUUCCAGAUGCUAAAACUUCACAGGUGUCCUCUUCUCCAGAGCAAUGGUUCUCAAAGUCCCUGGACCAGCAGCCUCACCAAACCUGGGAACUUGUUAGAACUACAAUGCUCAGGCCCCACCUUCAGGGACCUAAAUAAGAUUUUCUUGAAUCAGAAACUCUGGGGAUUGGCCCAAUAGUCUGUUUUAACAAGCCCUGUGGGUCAUUCUGAUGCACUCUAAUUUUGAGACCUGCUCUAGGAAAGAACUGCCAUCUCCCCUGUGUGGAGGUACAGAAGAAUUACCUCAAAGAGGAACCGCCUCUGCUGCAAUAUCUGUUCCAGAGCUCCUGGUAGGAUUGGGCUGAAGGCUGAAGUCAGUCUUCAUCUGCUGCUACAUUCUUGCUUAGUGUUCUUCCUCUGCUCUGCCCUGCUUCCCUUACUCCCCUUCGCUUGAGAACACAUCGUCAAUAAACCCCUUGCACAAGA